GCUCUGAUGCCAGCGCAUCCCAAGAUCUCAUCUGCGACUGUGUACAUACCGCAAAAUGCAACCAGAUCCAUUUCUUUUUAUGACCAGCCUCUGCCCAAGUAGUCAGUCGGAUGCAUCUGGGGCCGAAGUCGAUCGUUAACGUCCACAAUGACAGGACCGGUAAUAUUAUCGUAUGACACGAGCAGAGGGACUGUCUUCUACACGCCCACGAACAGAUAUCUGGAAAAAUCACAACCUGCGAGACUCCCCUCCCCUCCGUGUCGACCAAGAGCACGACGGCCACACUCGAUACACGUCACUCGUCUACCAGCUGGAUUUAUACCACUCGACCUGAGGCCUCCGCCGCUUGCUCCGGAGCCAAAGAAAGCAUCAAGACUUCAAGUAAAGCUCAGAAAUCUGGCUUCCCGCGAGAACGCGAAGCGUGUGCUUGGGUCGGUCUUUUCUCCCUUCUCCUCGGCUACCUCCGCCUCCACCGCUCCGUCCUCAGCGGCCACUUCCACCAGGUCCGCAAGUCCCCAAACGCUCAGAGCGUCAUUCUUGUCAGCAUCGGCAGACGCAACAACUAUAUUUGCUAGAAGGGCCGCUGCGGGGACAUUGGUGGAUGAUUCUCCGGUAGCGAUGUCGAGGCCAUCUCUGGGAGGCAACCCACCUGGAGUUGCCCCCAGACACAGUCUCAGCGCCAACUCUGUGAAUAGCUCUAUCGCGCUUCCCUCGAAAGCUUGCCAGGAGACUGAGAAGCCGGUCUGUUCAGGAAAUGGAGUAUCAUGUUCCAUUAUUCUGGCUGAGCCCGUCAUAUUCUUGACCGGUCUCGAUCACGAUGGCACAACCCGAGACACCUCGUCAAAAUCUGGCCUGCUUCGAGGAAAGUUGCAAUUCAAUGUUACAAAAAGCGCAAAGAUCAAGGCGGUUACUGUUAAGUUUACUGGCAAAACAAGGACAGAGUGGCCCGAAGGCAUUCCACCCGAGAAAACGAAGUUAUUUGAGGAAGAAUCGCUCAGAACACAAGUGUUGCCUUUCUUCAACGCUUUGUAUGAAGGCUCAGAAACAGGCUAUGGCACGAUGUGUAAUUAUGUAUUGCGCAACAAAUCGGCCUCAACAUCAGUCACAAGUCUGACAAGCACCGAUCUUCCCUCCCCGGCUCAACAGAGUGGGGGCUUCUCUUUACCUGGCCUCGGGAACAGAUCCAAUAGAUCAAGUACAAUUUUGUCUGGGAAGGAUACCAAACGUCUUUCCUUACAAAGCAACCAAUCUCGCAGUUUUCAAAAAGGUGACUCUCCAUUUGGUCCAACACCACAGCAAAAGGGCUACAAAGUCUUUCAUCCUGGAGUUUACGAAUACAGCUUUGAGAUUCCAAUCGAUAACAAUUUCCCAGAAACGACCAAAUUGCCUCUUGCUUCGGUACUCUGGAUGCUUGAAGUUAUUGUUGAGCGAGCAGGCACGUUCAAAGCAAACCUGCAGGGUUUCAAGGAAAUCCCCGUGGUUCGCUCACCAUCUGAAGACUCCCUGGAAUUGGUCGAGCCAAUAUCCAUUAGCAGGAAUUGGGACGAUCAGCUCCACUACGAAAUUAUGAUUUCGGGCAAAGCGUUCCCUCUAGGCUCCAGGAUCCCAAUUGCGUUCAAGCUCACGCCUUUGGCUAAAGUUCAAGUCCACAAACUCAAAGUUUUUGUUAGCGAGUGCAUCGAGUACAACACGACCGAUAAAAAGGUCCAUCGGAAAGACGUCGCCCGCAAGAUUUUGCUGCUUGAGAAGUCGGCCGGAAAACCUUUGGGUAAAGAGUAUGUGGGUUCGGAAGUUAUGAUUCUCAGAGGAGGCGAGCCGAAUCCGGAAGAACGAACUCAGAGGCGCGAGUUAGCAAGACGGCGUAGGGAGCAGGAAGCUGCAGCCAGUGGUAGCGAGCCAACACCUCUUCCCGAGCCGGUGGACAAUAUGCUCGGCGACAUUGACCUUGGUCUCGAACAAUUCUUGGGUCAAACCGAAAUAGAAAUGAAUGUUCAACUGCCAACAUGCGAAAUGAUGGAAAAGGAUCGGACGAAGCGGAUGGCUCAUGAUUGCACAUGGAAAAAUGUCGACGUGCACCAUUGGAUAAAGGUAUGACCAGACAUUUCAUUCUGUUGACAAUUGGUGACUGACGCUCGUAGAUCGUCAUGCGGAUAUCUCGAGCUGACAGUGAGAACCCCGGGAAACGGCGUCACUUUGAGAUCUCAAUCGACUCGCCGAUAUCGAU